CUCCCUCUCAUUUCCCGCCAUUUUUUUCUUCCAGAACCUUCCUUCCUUCAUCUCCUCCACCCACCGCCACCGCCGGCGAUGAGGAAGCGGUCGCUGCCUCGCUGCUACGAAUUCCUCCUCGGCAAAGACCGCGCCCGGUGGCCGCCGGAGGCCAGGCUCAUGGAAGCCGCCCACGACGGCGACGUCCUCGAGAUCAAGAAGGUUGCAAAGGAGCUGGACAAGCACGGGCAUGGGAUCCCCGCGACAGUGGCCAACACGACCUUCCAUGGCGUGAACGCGCUGCACGCUGCCAGUGGCCUUGGCAGGCUGCCGGUCUACCAGUAUCUCAUCGAGGAGGUCAAUAUGGUGGAGAUCGACAAGCCUGAUGCCCAGGGCCAUACACCGGUGGAGCAUGCCCUCACCGAAGGCCACCUUCCUGCCGUCAGGUACCUUCUUGAUCGUGGAGCUGAUCUGCAUCAGCGCCAUAAAGAUGGAACCAUGUCUACUCUUCUUCAUUCAGCUGCAGCUCUUGGGCACUCUGAAAUAGUAAAGUUUCUUCUUUCUAGAGAGGCUGAUAUUGAUGCUCUAUCAUUUUUUGGGACACCACUCUCUGUUGCUGCUCUUAGAGGACAUGCUAGCACGGUCAAGAUCCUUUUGCAGCACAAUGCAGAUCCUAACAAGGGUACUCGUCGGUAUGGACCUUUAGGGAUGGCAAUAGGUAUAUCAUCUGUGUCCUGUGUGAAGCUAUUGAUUCAGGGUGGAGCUAAUGUGAGCGGCGGUAGUCCUUGUGAUAUUCCUUUGGUUGCGGCUGCAGAAAAGGGCUUAACUGAAGUUAUUAAGUGCCUGUUGGAAGCUGGUGCAAAUCCAAAUGUCCCUGACACGUUUGGUAGAUUGCCAAUAGAGUUGGCUGCUGAAUAUGGCACACAGGAAGAUGUUGAGAUUCUCUUUCCUUUCACCUCUCCCAUUCCAACUGUGACAAAUUGGAGCGUUGAUGGAAUCAUUAGUCAUGUGGAGAUGGAAAUCAAACAGCUUGGGGAUGACAAUUUUGUGAAAAAGAGGGUGUCUGACCUGAAACAACAAGCAGAUGAAGCAUUUAGGAAGCAGGAUUAUCUGAAUGCAUCAGUGUUCUACACGCAGGCACUGAGGAUGGAUAACUUCGACGCUAGAUUGUUGUCAAACCGGAGUCUUUGCUGGGCUCGCAUGGGUCAUGGAGAAUGGGCUUAUGAUGAUGCAGAUAAAUGCCAGGAGCUUUGCCCAAAGUGGGCCAAGUCACACUAUCGGCUUGGAGUAGCUCUUAUGUGUAUGAAGGAAUAUGACGGUGCUCAUCACUCCCUCUCGCGCGCUUUACAGCUGGAUCCGGAAAGCCAAGAGAUUAUGAAAUUACUCUUGGAGGUGAUUGAACUGAAGUGAUCAAGCCCUGCAUACCAACAACAUCGCGCACAGAAUGGGAAGCUUUUCUGUUUUGUGUGUUCUCAGACAAAAAAAAAAUGCAGGACUUUAAAUCGUGCGAUGCAACUCAUGGGUUGUAGCGGGAGCUUAGAGCAGAACAGUUUACUGGCUACCUAUUUUUAGCUUUCUGGAACUUAAUCACCUGUUUGUAUAGAGGGGUCACAGCGGACGAUGAAUUGGCUAAUUAUGCUAGAGUGCAAUGUUUGACAGUAGAUCGAUA